AUGUGUGCAUUAACAAAUAUUAAUGAUGAAACUUAUAUUGAAAUUCUUGAAUCAAAAUUAAUCAAUCAAACAACUGUUAAAAUUGAAUAUCUAUCACAAAUGAGUUAUGAUGAAAUAAAAAAUAUAGAAAAAAUGCUUCAUUAUCAUCCAUUUUUUGCAGCAAGAGGCAAUGCUUUUAUAAUACUUGCAGCAAUAGAUCAUUGUGAUCAUAAAGUAAUCAUAAAUACUAUGAAUACAUUAUUGGAUGAAAAUGUUGUAAAAGAAUAUUCUGUGAUUGGAUUUUCUUUAAUACAUUUAUCAUCAAAUGAAUUAAUUGAUGAUUUAUUGGAAUCUUUACAAAAUGAAAAAAUAGAUACUAAAGGAAAAUCAAAAAUUAUAAAUUAUUUAGCAAAAGAAAUAACACAAUUAAAAUCAAAAAAACCGGUUAAUUAUUAUUAUACAGAUAUAAAAAUUCCUUUCACAACAACAUUGAAAGAUGAAUUAUAUAAGGCAUGGAUUAAAAUUCAGGGUUUAUCUGGUAAAACACAAUAUUCUAUUAAAAAUGGAUAA